UGCAAUUCCCUCUUCUUUGAUGUGAUAAUCCACCAUAUCUUCAUAAACCCCAUCAACCCUUUACAAAAGAGAGAAAGCUCUCAUCAUCAACCAUGGUUUUCUCUUCUGUUCCAGUCUAUCUAGAUCCACCCAACUGGCCACUCCAGCAGCAAGCAAAUCAACAUCAAGAAGGAGGAGGAGUAAACAGUAAUGAUCAGCAUCAUUAUCCUCAUCAAAACCCUCAUCUUCCUCCUCCUCCUCCACCUCCUCCUCCGCAAGCUGGCGUCGGAAUCAGGCCGGGAUCGAUGGCGGAGCGGGCCCGGCUCGCAAAGAUACCGCAACCCGAGGCGGCGCUCAAGUGUCCCAGAUGUGAGUCCACCAACACCAAGUUUUGUUACUUCAACAACUACAGCCUCACUCAGCCUCGUCACUUCUGCAAGACUUGCCGACGGUACUGGACACGUGGCGGUGCACUGAGAAAUGUUCCGGUCGGUGGCGGUUGUCGAAGAAACAAGCGGAGCAAAGGGAGUAGCGGUAACAGUAGUAACAGUAACUGUAAUAGUUCUAGCAGAUCAAAGUCUCCAGCUGCCAUAGCCGACCUCGCCGGUGCCGGCCAAGUUCAUGCAGGGCCUAGUACAAGCUCCUCUGGUGCAGCAAUGGCUUCUAACAGUGAUAUAAUAAGCCGGAUGACAUCACAGUUACCAAUCUUGCCUCCUUUACACCACCUAGGCAGCUACAAUUCAACUGAUAUCGGGUUAAACUUCGGAGGAAUUCAGGCUUCCAUGGCCGCGGGAGGCGGGGAUAUGGAGUUUCAUGGGGGUUCAAAUGGGCUUGUUGAGCAAUGGAGACUGAACCAAGUUCAGCAAUUUCCUUUCUUGACAGGACUAGAGCCAUCGCCAACAACUGGGUUGUAUUCAUUUGAUCAUGGGGAUCAUAAUCAGCAAGCUGGUGUUGAGCAAUCAAGCUUUGUAGCUCAGCUUCGGUCGAGUUCAAAGCCAGUACUGGAAAUGAUCAGUAGUGGGGUUACAACGACCCAUUUGGCUGCCGUGAAAAUGGAGGAAAAUGAUCGAGAAAAAGGGUUGAAUUUGUCGAGGAAUUUCUUGGGAAAUAUUUCAGGGAAUAAUAAUAAUGAUCACAAUCAGUACUGGGCUGGUGGCAGUAGUACUACUGCAUGGACUGAUCUGACUGGUUUUGCAUCUUCUAAUUCCACUACUCAUCUCUUGUGAUAUUCCACUUUUGAUCUAUAUUCAUCUUCUCUUAAUUUUCUAAACAAACCAACAAUCCAACUUUAUUUAUUUCAUAUAUUAUAUAUAUUUUUGGUCAGUACUUGAAAUUGGCUACAGGGGUUUUCAAGUAAGAGAAUAUGAAAAUGAUGAUCCUCAUCAGAGAGUGAACAAAAGAGAGAGAGUUCCAAUGGAGUACAAAGUUAUACAAGAUUCUAACUUUGGAAUCAAGAGAGAGAGAUGUAAUUAGAAGACGAUGAUGGUGAUGAUGAUGAUCGAUCAAUUUGAAAGAUGGGUCAAUCACGGAAAGAAUUACUUCUUGGUGUCUUCUGAUCUUCAUCAUGAAUUAUUGCUAAAGGAAAAAAAAGUUGAGAAAUGGUAGGCAGCUUCUUGAAUUUUUAUCUUCAUCUGUUUGUUUAUUUAUUUCUUCUUUCUUCCUUUCUGUGUUUUGUUGUAUUUGUAUGGUGGGUAUGUUUACAGAAAAGUAGGAGCCGAGCUGAUAUAUAUAUAUAUAAUGUGUUUUCCAUGGAGUCUUGAUUAUCAAUAUCUGACAAUUAAUGAGAGUUUUAAAUUAAUAUUUGUUGCUACAAUUACUGACUGAUUGUCCUU